CACACACACUCCAUAACCGACACACACAAAUAACACAUCCUCUCUCUCUCUCUCUCUCUCUCUCUCUCUAAACCCUUCCAAUGGAUUCAAUAGCCCACGACUUCCCACCAUUUUUCCGAGUCCACAAAGACGGCCGCGUCGAACGGUUCAUGGUCUCCGACUACGUCCCCCCAGCCGUUGAUCCCAAAACCGGUGUCGAAUUCAAGGACACCCUGAUCUCCCCAGAGACCGGAGUCAAAGCUCGCAUUUUCCUACCCAAGAUCAACGGACCAGAUCACAAGCUCCCCCUCCUCGUUCACUACCACGGUGGAGGCUUCUGCAUGGGAUCCUCCCUCGACACCGUCACUCUCAGAUUCCUCACCUCCCUCGCCUCCCAAGCCCACUUGAUCGCUAUCUCCGUUGACUACAGGCUCGCCCCGGAGCACCCAUUACCCAUCGCGUAUGAUGACUCCUGGUCCGCAUUGCAGUGGAUCGCUACCCACUCUAACGGCCAAGGACCCGAUCCCUGGCUAAACCAGUACGCGGAUUUCGGUCGGGUUUUCCUGGCGGGAGAGAGUGCCGGGGCAAAUAUAGCCCACCAAGUGGCGGUUCGGGUUGGCACAGUCGGAUUGGAGGGUUUCAUGCCACGUGGAGUGAUUAUAAUUCACCCCUAUUUUGCGGGUAGUGAACCGGACAAGAUGAUCCAGUAUUUGUAUCCGGGGAGUAGUGGGUCGGAGGAUGACCCGAAUUUGAGCCCCAAGGAGGAUCCGAAUUUGACGAAGAUGGGUUGCUCCAAGGUGAUUGUGUUCGUGGCAGAGAAGGAUCGGUUGAAACCGAGAGGCGUGGAUUACUAUGAGACAUUGAAAAAUAGUGGUUGGGAAGGUAGGGUGGAAUUUGUGGAGGAUAAAGGGGAGGACCACUGUUUCCAUAUGUUUAGUCCCAAUAGUGACAAGGUUGUGGGUUUGAUCCAAAAGUUGGGUACUUUCGUAAAUGAAAAUUGAUACUGUCAAGUGUCAUAUUUAUGUUUUUUUUUUUUUCCUUUUUGGGGUGAAUAAGUAAUGAUGUCAUAUUUAUGUUAAUGUGUUGUAAUGUCAAAUAAUUGAAUGAAUGGACUUUAAGGUUACUGAAUUUUUGAUACAAAA